CCCGAAGUUCAGCGCUGGCUGCUGGCAGGGUGGAAGCCUAGUCCUGCUUUUGCUAAAGCGUUGGCGGGCGCUCGGGCCGUGCAAUCCCUAGUGGGAGCUGGAGAGGGCAAGCGGAAAAAAAAAAUCUGCAGAGCCUGAGAACCCCGGGGGGGGAGAAACACCAGCUGCAGCUGACCCAACUUUGUGGCGUGCAGGCUGGAGGUGCAGGGGGAGCAGCAGCGGCACUGAGCGGCGUCUGCUCUCCGGCCCGGGGCCCGCGGAUCAAGCGGCGGAGGCGGCCUGGCAGCUGGUCACCCAGCGGGGAUUGCUCUUGUUUUGUUUAAAGCACAGACGUGGCAAGAAGAUUUCUUGAACAUUGGGAAUUCUGCAGGCUUGCUGGCGACUUGUCCGAGGAUCUGACAGAGGCGAAGCACAGUGAAAUAAGAAGCAAAAGAAACAGAAGAGCACAGGCAAACCAUAAUCACUACUCUCCUGCAGCAAUGGGUUGGCUGGAAGAAUCAAACUGGCAGCUUCACAUUUCCUUGAUCAUGCUACUCUCCAUGCAUACCAAGGCCAGUGGUCUAGACAAACCGUAUUUGCGGAGUUCUGGACAGUUGAACUUGGAGAACAGAAAGGAAGAUGGUGAGAGUACAGCACCUGCUCCUCCCCAGAAGCCACUGCAGUGUCACUGCAAUCACCACUGUCCAGAGGACUCAGUCGACAGCACCUGCAGGACUGAUGGCUACUGUUUCACCAUGGUAGAAGAAGAUGAAUCCGGAGGACGUACAAUUGCUUCAGGAUGCCUAGGCUUAGAAGGCUCAGACUUCCAAUGCCGAGAUACACCCAUAAUACAUCACAGAAGAACUAUUGCAUGCUGCACAGAUGAAGAUUUCUGUAAUGAAAACCUUCACCCUACGCUGCCACCACUGAAAAACAGAGAUUUUGUUGAAGGAAACAUUCACCAUAAGGCCUUGCUGAUCUCAGUGACAGUUUGCAGUAUACUCCUGGUACUUAUCAUCAUAUUCUGUUACUUCAGGCAUAAAAGGCAGGAAACCAGACCUCGUUACAGCAUUGGACUUGAACAGGAUGAGACUUACAUUCCUCCAGGGGAAUCCCUGAAAGACCUGAUUGAACAGUCUCAGAGCUCAGGAAGUGGGUCUGGGCUCCCUCUGCUGGUCCAAAGAACUAUAGCAAAGCAGAUUCAGAUGGUGAAACAGAUAGGCAAAGGUCGCUAUGGAGAAGUUUGGAUGGGAAAGUGGCGUGGAGAAAAGGUAGCUGUAAAAGUGUUCUUCACCACUGAGGAGGCUAGCUGGUUCCGAGAGACAGAAAUCUAUCAGACUGUCCUGAUGAGGCAUGAAAACAUUUUGGGGUUCAUUGCUGCGGACAUUAAAGGUACAGGGUCUUGGACCCAACUGUAUCUUAUCACAGACUAUCAUGAGAAUGGCUCCCUGUAUGAUUAUCUGAAAUCCACUACCUUAGAUUCAAAAGCCAUGCUAAAACUGGCCUAUUCCUCUGUUAGUGGUUUGUGCCACUUGCACACUGAGAUCUUCAGUACUCAAGGCAAACCAGCUAUUGCCCACCGUGAUCUGAAGAGUAAGAACAUUCUAGUGAAAAAGAAUGGAACCUGCUGUAUAGCAGACCUGGGCUUGGCAGUUAAAUUUAUUAGUGAUACAAAUGAGGUGGACAUACCACCAAACACCCGGGUAGGAACAAAGCGCUAUAUGCCUCCUGAGGUGCUGGAUGAAAGCUUGAAUAGGAAUCACUUCCAGUCAUAUAUCAUGGCUGAUAUGUACAGUUUUGGACUCAUCCUUUGGGAGGUAGCAAGGAGAUGUGUGUCAGGAGGAAUAGUUGAAGAAUACCAGCUUCCAUACCAUGAUCUUGUGCCCACUGACCCCUCCUAUGAGGACAUGCGGGAGAUUGUGUGCAUCAAGAAGCUCCGUCCUUCAUUCCCCAAUAGAUGGAGCAGUGACGAGUGCUUAAGACAAAUGGGAAAACUUAUGACAGAGUGCUGGGCUCACAACCCUGCUUCUCGGCUGACAGCCCUGCGAGUAAAGAAAACACUUGCCAAAAUGUCAGAGUCACAGGACAUUAAACUCUGAUUCAUUGAAGAGGACAGAAGGCUCAUCCACUCCCUGUUUGCAUGGGGGAAAAUACCAUACCAUUUCAAGAGUCUGCAUGUUGCUUUCUGUGAAAGCCCAUUAUUUUUAUUUUAUUUUUUGAUUGUUUAAAAGAAGAUACUGCUUUAAAGUUUAUGCAAGGAACUUUCAUUUAUAAAAAGAUUUGCACUCCCAAAUAGCCUUGCUGACUGAAAAAAUUCUCAGAGAGUCACUUGUUCAGAUUAGUUUAGUUUAAAUUGUUACAGAUGCUGUUUUGA